AUGUCGGCACCACAAUGGAAAGUUGCCCUUGUCACCGGCACCAACUGUAACCUCGGUAUGAACAUUGUGUACCGGUUGAUUGAAGCUGAAGAGGAUGACACUAGAAUUACAAUAAUUGUAACUUCUCGUACACUUCCCAGGGUUCGUGAGGUCAUUGACAACAUCAAGGCUUACGUUGACAAGCUGGAUCGGUCAGGGAUUGUUGAUUAUGACUAUCUCCUCGUUGAUUUCACCGAUAUGGUUUCCAUCCUGAACGCAUACUAUGAGAUGAAUAAGAAAUAUCAAAAACUGGACUACUUCUUUGCCUGCAGUGCCCAAGGUGUCUACGAUGGUAUCGAUUGGAUUGGUGCGGUGAAGGAAAUAUGUGCAAAUCCAAUCAAAGGUGCCACUGAUCCUCACUAUAAGAUCCAAAGAGUUGGAGUCAAGUCUCAGGAUGGAAUGGGGCUUGUGUUCCAGUGCAAUGUGUUUGGUCCCUACUAUCUAACCCAGAAGCUAUUGCCCCUGUUAGAGAACGCCAAAGGAAGAAUCAUUUGGAUCUCGAGUAUCAUGUCUGAUCCAAAGUACUUGUCAUUUGACGACUUACAACUGCUGAAGACAGAUUCCUCGUACGAAGGCUCCAAAAGAGAAAUCGACCUCCUUCACAUUGCCACCUAUGACAAGUUGCGUGAAAGAGGCAUAAAGCAAUAUCUCAUCCAUCCCGGUAUCUUCACGUCCAUGUCAUUCUUCCAGUACCUGAACGUCUUCACCUACUACGGCAUGCUCUUCAUGUUCUACCUCGUGAGAUGGUUGGGCUCGCCGUGGAUGAACAUCUCGGGCUACACUGCUGCUAACGCACCGGUAUACGUGGCCAAACUCGUCAGCCAAACCUUCGAGAAGCAGGACGUCAAGUAUGGCUCCGCCUGUACAAGAGAUGGACAUGAAUAUAUCAAGAUUCAAGAAGUUGACAAGACCGGUGCAGAGGAUUUGCUGAAGUACUUGGACGACCUCAAAGCCGACUGGGAUGACAAGCUAAAGGAUCAGAUCACGAACUCCAGACAACGUAAUUAG